AUGAAAAACAGGUGUAUCGCUGUAGAGUCGUGGUUGAGUCGCGUUAGAAACUUAGUUAUGUGGACUGAUGAUCAAUUGAGCUUAUUAAUCACUGAAAGAAAUAGAAAUGCCAAGUAUUACAAUAUUCCUGAAAGUAGUAGGGUACGAAAAAUGACUACAAAUCCUAUUAGCCUUAAGUGCCUUUUCCCGGAUGAUAAACGUUUUAAUAUUGAGGUAUGUAAGGAAGAUAAGAUUGCAAUGCUUAAACACGCAGUUGAGGGUCUGUUGAAAAAUCAAGAUCAUCAAGAUUCCGAUCUCUAUGUUAUCAUUCCUAAGAAUUCGAUAGCUAAAAUGUUUGAUUAUUUCAAAAAUGGAACUUUUGAUCCAAAUCAAAUUCAUAUUAUCGUAAAACCAAAGGAAUAA